UGUAACGUAAAGAAUCUAUGGUGAACAGGGUUUGAAACUUUCAGAAAUUGAAAGUCGUUUAAAUCCUCUCGUAGUUUGAAGAUGAACACCGCUCUGAAGCAGUGGAAGGAGGCGUCCACCCUAAUCCUCACCGCAGGACGCAGGCUCGGUGCGGACAGUUUGUCGCCAAGAACACCGCUGGACGGCAACGGCGCAGCGACACGGCUGCCGCACAGCUCCGAGUUUGAUUACGACGUCCUGUUGCUGAAACGAAGCGCUAAAAGCACAUUUAUGCCCAACGCGUAUGUGUUUCCCGGCGGCAUGGUGGACUCUUCGGACUUUUCAAGUGAUUGGUUAGACGUCUUUAAAUCUUUUCUUAAUUCCCCUGGUUUUGGUUUAAGGAGCGUUAAGCAGCCCGUGGAGAACAGACCCCCGAUCUUUGCGACAAACCGAUUGAAACUCGGCUCUCCCAUCCCGGGGGAAGUCGCCCUGAGAAUUUGUGCCGUCAGAGAGACUUUUGAGGAAUCAGGAGUGUUGCUGGUUGUGCCUAAAAAGGAAGAGAAACGCAUUUUAAAAAGCUUUCAGGACACACGUUUUAGUCAACAUCACACAGAACAUAAACUGGGUUGUGAUGAACUCUCAAAGUGGAGGGCGUUGGUGAACAAGAACCCUUCCAACUUCAUGAGGAUGUGCCAGGAGUUGGAGGUUUUGCCCAAUAUCUGGGCUUUACAUGAGUGGGCGAACUGGCUGACCCCCACCGCCAAAUAUGGGAGGACGAGGUUUGACACAGCUUUCUUCAUGUGCUGUUUGCAGGAGGUGCCCAGCACGCUGCAAGAUGAGAAGGAAAUUGAGCGCUUUCAGUGGUCCACGCCCUCAGAGAUCCUGCAGAGCUACCAGGCACGGCGACUUUGGAUCGCUCCUCCGCAGUUCUACGAGCUCAGCCGGAUGUGCCGCUUCCCGCUACUGGACAACCUCCACAGCUUCGCCCACCAGCGGGCAACAGAAGGCUGCGAUCAGUGGAUGCCUGUUAUCGUCCUUCAAGACCAGCAACACAUUUCUCUGCUCCCAGGGGACAAGCUUUAUCCGGCAGACCCUUCAAAGCCGACCAAGGAUGAUCAAAAAGACUCUCAGUUGGAGGAUCCAACAGAUGAUUCUGAUUUGCACCGUAUGGUGAUGUCAGAUCCUUACACUACAACCCUACAGAUCACUGUCAAACCCAAAUAUAACCAUCUGCUCCCUGUUGUGACGCCAGCCUUGUCACAUAAUCCAAAAAGUCAACUUUGACCUGCACUGAAACAUCUUUUUAUUUAUUUUUUUUGCACACAAUUGCAAAAAGACGUUGACGUGAAAUUUACUGACAGUAUGUCUGCUGCUGAGUUCUGUUCACUAAUAACGGCAUCAAGUUCUGUUGGUGUGUGUGUUAUCUUAAAUAU